AUGUGCAGCUAUCAUGGUACCAUCAGAGUGUUGGUGCAGGUUCUUUGGGCCCACCUGCUCUGUGGAUGGGCGUUUGGCUCCGAGCUUACGUUUGAGCUUCCGGAUAACGCAAAACAGUGUUUCUAUGAAGAUAUUAUCAUUGGCACCAAGUGUACACUUGAGUUCCAGGUAAGUUGAUUGAGGCCCUCACAUUAUGACAUGGAGUUAUAUGGGAAUAACUAUAGCUAAAUGGAUAGGCUGUAUUUUAAACAAAACAUUUUCUCUCCAGGUUGUCACUGGCGGGCAUUACGAUGUUGACUGUCGUCUAGAGGAUACAGAUGGUACGGUUCUUUACAAAGAAAUGAAGAAGCAGUACGAUAGCUUUACAUUUACGGCUGCCAAGAACGGAACAUAUAAGUUCUGCUUCAGCAAUGAGUUUUCUACCUUCACGCAUAAGACCGUCUACUUUGAUUUCCAAGUUGGAGAGGAUCCCCCACUUUUCCCCAAUGAAAACAGGGUCACUGCUUUAACCCAGGUAGGUCUGUUGUUGAUGACUAUUGCUGAGAGGUGUUUUUCUGUGCGGUAUUUAAUAUGGCAGUUCAAUCAAACAUAAACAAUCAGUUAAUUUUCUACAUCAGUUUGCCCCAUUUGGCAAAGAUGUCAUGGAAAGAACUGUGUGCAAAGAUUUCUGGUUAUUUGCAGUGCUUGCAUGUCAAACCAUGCAGGGAUCUUGCAUGCCUUUUUUAGCCUGUAAAUACCUCUGUUUCAGAUGGAGUCUGCCUGUGUGUCCAUUCAUGAGGCCCUGAAAUCGGUAAUUGACUAUCAGACACAUUUCCGUCUGCGGGAGGCUCAGGGACGCAGCCGUGCCGAGGACCUUAACACAAGAGUGGCUUUCUGGUCCAUUGGGGAGGCCUUCAUAUUGCUGGUGGUCAGCAUCAGCCAGGUGGUCUUGCUGAGGAGCUUCUUUUCUGACAGGAAGACCACCACGACGCGUGUUGGAUCCUAA